AUUUUUAUAUUUUUUUCCGAGAUUUUUGACAUUGAUCACUUUAGGCAAUCGUAGUGCUAUGAUCGCGAGGUCUGCGCCCCUCCUCAGGCGUCGACGAUUAAGUACGGUAACGAUCUACAAAAGUCUGUUCGUCAAGUAGAACUUUAACUUUUCAAUUUACUUAUCCACGAUCACGAUGCCUAUGCCGCCAGCGCCAGCAGCCUCCCUCGUGGAGAACGCUGAAGGCAGACACUGUGACUCAGUAUCGGCCCCCUCGGGCGGGGACGCAGCGGCGAAGAUAAAUACCAGCACAGCUGCUACCCAGGCCGGUGAAGUAGCACUCGAAGAUGAAGAGGCUGUCGGUGAAUCUCAAUCUUCUGAAAUAAAGGCGAAACGACCUCGUCCAACCUCAAGAGACGAGGAGAACAAGGAUGAUGAAGCGGGAACAUCAAUGGACCUGACCAAGGACAAAAUUUUCAUUCCAUUGGAAUUUGGAUGGGACCAGAACGACUCGCACGUCAAAAUUUAUGUUGAUUUCAAGGCGGUUAGAAGGGACCACGACAAUCCAGCAGCCGCGCCACUGCAGAUACGUUUCCACUGUCCCGACGAGUGGACCGCGAUCCUGACCGUGAGCGACCGAUUUGCGUGUAAAAUUCCGAAUUUGUGUCAUCGCAUCGACACUAGCGAGUCGUAUAUGAAGGAGAAGAAACCGGUGCUGGACAAGGGGGUGGUGCUGUAUCUGAGAAAAAAGUUACCCAAAACAAAAAAGAUUGUGCUUAGUGGAUGAUCUCAAUCUGUAGUACGUUGCAGAACAUAGAUUAGAAGACGACAAUCAAUUUGCACAUCUGGCAUGCCAUGCGACUUCUAGUACUAGUUCCUCACAUUAUGCCACUGUUUGACGCUACUUACACAGGGACGCCCUUCCCUUAGAGUCUCAACAUGGCAGUUUUCUUUUUUCGGGUAAGUCCAGGCCGUCCCGCACGGGUGCACGCCCGGUGCGUGUACUUAAAUACGUAGAAAAAGAUUGUCAUGCGGUCAGUCCAAGACCAAGAGAAAAAGGAAGGAGGAACAGGAGAGGAAUUCCAGUAGCACAGUUUUUUUCUUGGACAAAAGGAGUUCAAAAACCACUGGUUUAAUUUGCAACAGAAGCGGGGAUGACGAAGAACAGCGCAGCAUUUCUACGACCGGAGAAAGCUGCUCUUCUGCCAGCAAAAGGAACGAAUAAAUCUAUUGUGUACAACUAGAUGAUCGCACAUUUGCAACAUAUUAAGCGAUUUUUUGAAGAUCGCAGACGAGUUUGUCAAAGCCCUAGCAAGGAAAAUAUACGUGAACAGCAAAAUAAAAGAAAGAGAAACCGAAGCGUCGCAGAGUC